AUGUCGGCUCCCCCAGUACUCCUCUUACUAGGCGCCGGCCCCAAACUUGGGACUAAGAUUCCUGAAAUUUUCCUCAAAGAGGGCUACAAGAUCGCUCUUGUAGCACGCUCCUUCGAAGAAGGAUACCAGGAUAACGGAUACUAUCACGUGCGAGCAGAUUUAAGCAAUCCCGAAUGCAUCCUAGAAGUAUUCGAAAAAGUCAGGCAAAACGUCGGCAUCCCCACCGUUGUGGUGUACAACGCCGUUCAAUACAAACUGGAUGAUCCUGAAGAUCCUUUUGCUUCUCUUGCACCAGAAUCCGUCCCACAGUUCCAUACCGCAGUAGCAGUCAAUGGAACCACACCGCUAAUCGCUCUACACCACGCCAUCGCUUCCUUCCGGGCCCUGCCUCCAGGCACCCCCGGGAAGACCUUUAUCUUCACAGGAAAUAUCCUCAACCACUCUCAAUUCAAGAACAGAUUGUGCUUUGGGAUCGCAAAAACGCUCUGUGCAUACGGUAUAAGGUUUGCUACGGUGGCUUACGCGAAAGAAGGGUUCAAAUUCUACUACGCCGACGAACGCACACCGUCGGGAUUACCCGUUAUGCGCGACAUCAGCGGCGAUGCGGCAGGAACAGAAUAUCUCAAGUUAGCAGAGGCUCCUACACAGCAACCCUGGUUAUACACGUACACCAAGGACGGCGAGGGAUACGUGGAUUUCGGAGAGAAGGACUACUUGAAGACCGUUAACAGCGACGAGGCGCAGUUUUUGAAGGGCGGAAGAUAA